GCCAAAUUGGGUCUUUGGGACAGAAAAAUUAGGGCAUAGCUUUAUCUCCAUCUGGAAAACUGUUUUGCUACUCUGCUCUCUCUCCUUUCAACCGGAGUUAUUUCUGUGAUUUUUAAGGAGGUUGUAAGCUGAUAUGCCGUCAGAUACUGCAAGAGAAAAUGCAUCUAUAGCUUAUUCCAUAGUGACUGAUUGCACAAAUGAAAGAAGGAAUUUCGAUGGACCAGAUAGUUCAAGGCUCGGAGUAAAUGAGGAUACCAAUCGUUCUAUAGCAGAGGAGCUCACAGUUUCAUCUCCGCCGAUUGGAAUUUCAAGUGUAAUUGAAAACGAUAGUUCAUGCCUCGGAGUAAUUGAGGGUCCCAGUCGUUCUAUAGCAGAGGAGCUCACAGUUUUAUCUCCGCCGAUUGGAAUUUCAAGUUCAAUUGAAAAGGGUAAACCCUAUAGCAUAAGAUAUUUUGUAAUCAAGAGUUUAAACCAUGAAAAUAUCCAAUUAUCAGUAAACAGAGGGAUUUGGGCUACUCAAGCCAUGAAUGAGGCCAUUUUGGAUGAAGCAUUUCAUAAUUCCAGCAAGGUUAUACUAAUAUUCAGUGUCAACAUGAGUAAGUAUUUCCAAGGGUAUGCCCAAAUGAUUUCUUCUGUCGGUUUAAGAAGAGACCAAGUUUGGAGUCAAGGAAAUGGCGGUCGUAAUCCUUGGGGUCGAAGCUUUAAAGUGAAUUGGCUGCGAUUGUAUGAUCUGGCUUUCCAAAGAACUCUUCACCUUAAGAAUCCAUGGAAUCAAUACAAACCAGUCAAAAUUAGUAGAGAUUGUCAGGAGUUACCUCCAGAUAUUGGUGAAGCUUUAUGCGAGCUCCUUGAUGGACAGGAUGCUUUGGAUGUUGAUUUGAAAAUGGAUAUCUUUGCAAGGAAUGAUCUCUCUUCUAAAAGGCCAUAUGUAGAGCCUUCACUGCAUCUUGGAUAUCAAGACUUCAAUGCAUCUCUGAUACCUAAUGGGACCAUGUUUUAUCCCUCCUUACUCUACCAACAUCAAAUUGAUGCUAGUAGACUUCACGUAGCACCUCAGAGAAUAAAUGGUUUAUUUUCUGCUGAGGAGUCAGCCUUUGCAACAGGGGAAUCAAAGUCGAGACAGUCGAGACAGUCGAGGCAUUCACAGAGGAAUAGAUGCCUUGCUAAUCUUCAUGUAGAUACUGACAUGGGUCCUCAAAUUAACAUGUGGGGAUUGCCGGCAGAAAGGAGCCCACUUGCUAGUAAUUUGACUGAAGAUGACAUUCUUGAAAUGACAUAUGAAGAGUAUCUUGAAGCUUAUAGCAGAGGCAGCAAAAGAUCGCCCCACCCUGUUUCAGGACCAUCACGGAGUACACAGAGGUCAUUAGCCAGUGAAGAAAACUGUGAUGAUUCGCAAUCAGGUUGCAGUUCGAAGAAAAGGAGAAGUCACUAAAUCUCCCCAUUAGUUGCAUUGGUUUUCUUGGCGAGCAGGCUGAUAUGUUUGAUAAUUGUAUUGUUGCAGUUGUCGCGAAUUGGUGGCUCUUGCGAAAUUGUUCCUUUAUUUUUGUAAAACUUAAAACUUAGGAGCAUAUAUUGCUUUAGUGUUGUAGUAUAUCUGUACUGUAUUAUAUGACCCUCUUGUCACCCUUCUCCCCUUCCUGUUUUCGAAUGGAAAAUUUUAUACUGUCAAUGGAAACUUGUACAGGAAAUUAG